UCAAAAAAUCAGCUGGAAUUUAUUUUUAACAAUUCCAUUUCGAAGACCAUUCAUUUGAACAACAUUCGCUGUUAUCAGCGCUCAAUUAACUAAUAAACGAAACAAAUCUUACUAAUAACCAUGAGAUGGACUGUGCACCUUGAUGGUGGUCCAAUGAGGGUAAACCAUGCUGCUGUUUGUAUUGACAACAAAAUCUACUCGUUUGGAGGAUACUAUUCAUCUGAAGAAUAUAAGGAUUGGGAGCCAAUUCCUGUUCAUGUCCUGAAUACUGCUACAUUACGUUGGUCAGCAGUCAAUUAUAAAAAGAAUGAUGUGGUUCCAUUCCAAAGAUAUGGACACACUACAGUCGCGUACGGAGACAAAGUUUACAUGUGGGGUGGGCGAAAUAAUUCUGUAGCAUGUGAAACGUUAUCUUGCUUUGAUACCAAGACACUUGAAUGGAGCGCCCCUGCCGUGUCCGGAAUGGUGCCCUUCGCCAAAGACGGGCACUCGGCCUGUGUGAUUAGAAACAAGAUGUAUAUCUUUGGAGGAUUUGAGUAUCUCACUGAUACGUAUUCCCAAAUAGUACAUUGCCUUGACUUGGAGACAAUGAAUUGGACUCUAAUGGAUCCCACCGGAGCGAUUCCUUCACAUAGAGACUUCCACACAGCAGUUUCUGUUGGUGACAGGAUGUAUAUAUUUGGGGGCCGGGGAGACUUAAACAGUCCCUAUAACUCCCAAGAAGAAGUAUACUGCUCACAAAUCUUUUAUUUAGAUACAGUGACAGAGAAGUGGGUGGCUCUCAACCCAAGAGGAACAUGGCCUGAAGGAAGACGCAGUCAUUCUGCAUGGCUCCACAAUGGUUUCAUGUAUAUUUUUGGAGGAUUCAACGGAAACACAAGAACUCAUUUCAAUGAUCUCUAUAGAUAUUCAUUUAAAGAUAAUUACUGGCAGUUUUUGAAUGUCAAGGGUGCAGUACCCUGUAAGAGACGACGCCAAGCGUGCUUAAUAUAUGAAGAUAAAGUUUAUUUGUUUGGUGGAACCAGCCCCUGUCCCCAUCAGAAUAUACGUCCCACGGAUAACUUGGAUGAUGACCCAGAGAAGUUGAUUGAUAACAGUGAUCUCCAUGUGCUUGAUUAUGCACCGACUCUCAAGACCCUUAGUAUUCUCACUGUGUUGGAACACAACCUAGAACAUUCUUGGUUGCCACAUGAUAUCUUACUCGACAUCCGCGCCAUGACAUUGCCUAACAGGAUCAGCAGGCCAUUUAACCAAUCGGGCUGACAGGUUCGACAGUGGCAUUGAAUUGGAUUGCCACAAUUUAAUGGGUUUCCUAUGAUAGACAUAUUAAACGUCUUCUUUCAUUCUGAAAUCUCUGUGCAAAAAUGUUAACGAUAUAAUAAAUAAGCAACCUAUCUGGACUGCACAUUCUUCAAAUUAAUGUAGUUCUUCCUUAUGAAAAUAUCAAUAAUAGUAAUAAUUGUUCCACAACUCCAGCAAUUGUAGUUCCGAGAUUAAGAAGUAAAGAUGACUAAAAAUGA